AUGAUGAUCUUACACAAAGUGACAUGAACGAACGACAAUUCUGUUGAUCACGGGUUAUUAGAUUCAAUUUGACAGCACAGAGAUACCAUCACCAUGAACCGGGUGACUUACGGCUCAGUUCCUUUCAUCUCCCGGAGGCUGCAGUCCUUCAUAAUCGGAUUCUGGUGUAUCUUAGCCUCUGACAUCCUGGAACACGUUGCCUUCUACACCUUGCUUGGCGGGAUCGUGGUCUUCCUGAACGGACAGCCCCUUCAGUGGACGGAAAUAAACGCGCUAUACAUCGCCUUCAUUUUCAUCGGGAUAACGUAUUCUUCCGCCUUUUUCGGCAGCCUGAUAGCAGACCUUUUCCUGGGAAACUUCAAGACAAUAUGCCUUGGUUAUGUAAUCUAUAUUGCCGGAUACGGUUCUUGGCUGUAUUUGGUGACAAAUUUGACGCAGCUAAGAGUUGUUGCUCUCCCCGAUAUGUGUUCGCGAUAUGAAACUCCUAACAAUUCUACAGGAGAACUGAGUGUGAUGGAGAACCGGCACUCACAAAUAUACAUCAACAAUGCGAUUACACCGGAAAACCACCUUGUUGGCAUCAUUGGUAACAUAAGCUCUGUAAAUCAGACAGCAAUGACUCUUGCGACGACGCAUCGCCAAUGGAUGCAUUCGCAAAACUGCAGCUGGCCUAUUAUAUUCAUCAUGUGUGUUAUAGCACUUGGGUGUGGCUUGGUCCGCGCCAACACUGCCAGAUUCGGAGCCGAGCAUCAGAUGGAGUUCCAUGCGAUCAAGAAGCUCGCUUUAACAGGAAAGAACGAGUCUGUUGCCAACAGGGAUAGAAAAUAUUUGAAACAGGAGUCCACUAACGUCCGCGAUUUCUUCAGCCUGUUGUCCUGGCUCUCUAACAGCGGCAGCCUGUUGGCCAUCGGGGGUCUGACCUUCAUCCAAUUCCAUGUGGACUACAUGCAUCUCAGCUUCGUCAUUGCUACGUCCUGUCUUGUUGGCGCUUUUGUCAUUUUUGUUUGUGGUCGUCUGUGGUACCUGCCGUCCAAAACUAUUCCAAAAGAAGCAAUUCUCUCCGCCUUGAAAGCUACCUGUUGCAGGACAAAACAGGGAUAUGAAGUAAUUGAAACAAGCGCAAGCACAGACGGCGCGGAUCACCAGUACAACGAAGAAGAUGGUAAAAGAUUCUGGUUCCUGGCCAUCAUCUGUCUCAUCCUCGUUCCCUACUGGCUUAUUUAUCACCAGAUGCUUACGACAUACUUCUUCCAAGGUGUCCACAUGGAUCUCGUUGUCAACGGUUUCCAGCUUCCUGUCACCUGGAUGUACCUCAUUCAGGCGGGCGUGGUCGCCAUCUUGAUUCCUGUCAUCCAAAUCUCCAUCCUGCCCCACCUGGAAUCAAUCGGACGGCCCCUGAGUAUGCGAGCCAGGAUGAUCAUAGGGAUAGUGUUUGCUAUAGCUAGUGUUGCGCUGGCCGGAGGGUUGGAGCACGUGCGGUUGAAUACCUACUGGGAGGGGAAUAGUACUCGAAUGAAAACACAGACGAUAAAUAACGAUACUUUCGAUGCAACAGAGAUGUCUGUUCUUUGGCAAUUUCCACAGUAUUUUCUUAUGGGUAUCAGCGACUCAUUCGCAAGCGUAGCAGGGAUAGAACUGGUAUAUUCGCAGAUCCCCAACGGCAUGCGUGGACUAGGGCUGGGUAUAUUCUGGCUGUUCUCGGGGCUGGCUAGCUUUCUUUCCUGCAUCAUUAGUCGGAUCGGAUACAAUCAUUGGUUAUUUGACUGGGAUGUCGGCAACCCCAAUUGCCGCCUGGUAUGCGAAGAUGACAUCACAAAGAUUUGCUACGAGUGCAAAAUGGAAAAUUUUUUCUUCAUUUUUGCCGGACUUGCAUGCCUCUGCCUGAUUUUAUUCGUUUUUGUAACAUACAGAUGGAAUGUAGGGUUAGAGUACAAAUAUGAUCAGAAGGAGUGUAGUACCAACAGCGUAACAAGGGACCAAGGGUUCGUAGCAGAGAGCCUGCUGGGUUCUGUUAUAACGAGCACUGGAGAAUCGGCACCUGACUCCUCGAGCGUUGGCCUAUAAUACCCUCAGUUCGAGAUAAGAUCGCCAGGAAAAAACCCAAUGUGCUGAUUCUCUGGGGCAAUGAUCUCGCGCAUGACACACGCACUAAUCCAAAAAACAACUAACUCCUCCGCUUUUCUUCCAAGAUGGCCGUCUCACCAGUUCCAAAGAACGACAUUUCGUCCGAAUUCAAAUGCAAUGAUUGUAAGUCUCUUCAAAUUAAACUAAA